AUGACUACUUCAACCACUCUUCCCCACCCUCCUGUGCCACCUCACACUGCACCAGAACUAGCCACAGACAGCGAGGAUGACCUAAGUGUGCCUCAAUCAAAUCCUCAUCAUCUGCUCAACAUGAAUAACAGCAAUAACAAUGAAGAAAAGAAGGCGAAGGAGAAGAAGGAAAAGGAAGAAAGGGAGAAGAAGGAAAAGGAAGAAAGGGAGAAGAAGGAAAAGGAAGAAAAGGAGGCAAAGGAAAAAGAAAAAAAAGAAAAGGAAAAACAGGAAAAAGAUAAGCCCAAAGAAUUAUUUGUCCUUAAUCCUGCUGGGAGCUUGUAUUACAACUGGCUGUUCAUCAUCACACUACCAGUCAUGUACAACUGGACCAUGAUCAUAGCCAGGGCUUGCUUCGAGGAGUUGCAGCAUGACUUCAUCCUUUACUGGGUUAUUCUGGACUACACCUCAGACUUAAUGUACCUGGCUGAUAUGUUUAUCAGGACCAGAACAGGUUACCUAGAGCAAGGCCUGCUGGUGAAAGAUAAGAAGCUGUUAAGGGAUCGCUAUAUCACCAGCUUCCAGUUUCGUCUCGAUGUUGUGUCCAUGCUGCCCACCGACAUCUUCUAUUUAUACUUUGGCCUUGACUACCCAGAGAUUCGUCUCAACAAGCUGCUGAGAAUUGGGCGCAUGAUGGAAUUCUUCACAAGGACAGAGACUAAAACCAACUAUCCCAACAUCUUCCGCAUUGCAAACUUGAUCAUGUACAUCCUCAUCAUCAUCCACUGGAAUGCUUGCUUCUAUUUCUCUUUCUCCAAAUCCAUUGGUUUUGGUGCCGACGAUUGGGUUUACCCGGCUCUUGAUGAUCCGGAUGAGCCUGCAUUUGGGGAGCCCAUGAGGAAGUAUUCAUUCAGCCUCUACUGGUCCACACUGACCCUGACUACUAUUGGAGAAACCCCCCCCCCAGCCCUGGACUCAGAAUUUCUUUUCCAUGUUGCUGACUUUUUAGUUGGGGUUUUGAUCUUUGCCACCAUUGUGGGAAACAUAGCCACCAUGAUCUCCAAUAUGAAUGCUGCCCAAGCUCAGUUUCAGUCUCGAAUUGACAACAUCAAGCAGUACAUGCAGGUCCGAAAAGUCAGCAAGGACCUUGAGUUGCGAGUCAUCAAGUGGUUUGACUAUCUGUGGAAUAAUGGAAAGGCACAGGAUGAGAGAGAGGUCCUGAGAUAUCUUCCAGACAAGCUAAAGGCUGAGAUCGCCAUCCAAGUCCACAUGGAUACGCUGAGAAAAGUUCGUAUUUUUGCAGACUGUGAAGCAGGCUUGCUGAUUGAACUGGUGCUCAAGCUACGACCACAGGUGUUCAGCCCCGGAGACUACAUCUGCAAAAAGGGCGACAUUGGACGUGAGAUGUACAUCAUCAAAGAUGGGAAACUUGCAGUUGUUGCUGAUGAUGGUGUCACACAGUUUGUUGUGCUAGGAAGUGGCAGUUAUUUUGGUGAGAUCAGUAUUCUCAACAUUAAAGGCAGCAAAGCAGGCAACAGGCGAACAGCCAACAUUCGCAGCAUUGGAUACUCUGAUCUUUUUUGUCUGUCCAAGGAUGAUCUGAUGGAGUCACUGAUAGAGUAUCCUGAAGCCAAAGGCAUGCUAGAGGAGAAAGGUCGGCAAAUCCUGAUGAAAGAUGGUCUGAUAGAUCUGGACCCAGCUAACAUCAUGCCUGAGACCAAGGAACUGGAGGAGAAGGUCAAUAAAUUGUACAGCACAAUGGAGCUGAUGCAGACCAAGCUCAAGAAGAUUCUGGGAAAGUAUAAAAAUGCUGAAAAGGCUCUGCGACUACGCAUUGCAGAUCUGGAGCUCCAAACGGGAGAGAAAGUAGAAGACGAAGAUGAGGAGGAAGGAGAAGUGAAAAAGGAAGAGAAAGAGGUGGAAGGGGAGAAAACGGAGGAUGAAAAGUUGGACGGGCAGGAGGUUGAUGGGGAUAAAAAGGAAGAAGAGGAAAGAGAUGAGGAGAAAAAAGAUGAAGAAGAAUAA